CGGUCCAGGCGUCGAGGAUGAGGCCUCCCCUCUCUCCGCAAGCCUUCGUCGCGCAGUCGCGCGCGGCCUUCCUCGCCGGUCCGUCGGCCGGCGCCACCGCCUCCGCCACAGUCUGGGUGGGCAACGUCGCGGGUGACCUCGACACCAUCGUGUCUGCCGUCUGUGCAGCCUACUGCCGGCAGGUGCAGGGCGCCGAACCGGCCUCACGGCAGCACGUGCCGCUCGUGCCCUUCCCGCGGCCCGAUUUUCGGCUGCGGCAGGACGCGUGCCUCCUCUUCCGCCACUGCGGCUUUGACUUUGACUCCGAGGGCGCCGUGGAGAGCCUCCUCUACUUUCCCGACGAGGCGGCGGCGCCGGCAGAGGCGUGGCGCGGCGCGGGCGCACUCUCGGUGGCGCUGACCGACCACAACCGGCUGGCGGAGCACUUUGCCGCCUCGCUCGGCGAUGUCGUCGUCGAGGUGAUCGACCACCACAGCGACGAGCGCGCGCACCUCUCCUCGUCCGGAGGCGCGCGGCUGAUCGACACCUCUGCCGGCUCCGCCUGCUCCCUCGUCUCUGAGCUGCUCCCGCCCGACCCGCCGCACCUCCUCUGCGUGCUGCUGCUCGGCGCUAUCGCGGCCGACACGCGCGGCUUCGACGCGGCGCAGCAAAAGUUCGUCGGGCGCGACGUGGCGGCGGUGCGGCGGCUGAUGGCGCUGCUGUCGGCGGCUGAUGUCGGCGGCGGCGGCGAGGCGGGAGAGGCGGGUGCGGGAGAGGUGGGUGCGGGAGAGGCGGGCGUGGGGAGAGCGGAGGUCGAGGCGGCGGCAGCGGACUUGCGCGGUGCGGCGCUUCCGGCUGCUGCGGCGGUGGGCGGCGCGGCCACGUUCGGCGAGCUGGCGGCGAGGCUGCUCGACGCGCGGUACGACGUCUCCUCGCUCGACGCGCGCGCGGGCGAGCUGGAGGUUGGUGUCUGCGCCGUCUUUGUGCCCCUGCGCGAGCUGAUUGCGAGGGCGGGCGGAGGCGGCGGGCGGAGCGGUGUCGACGUGCUGUUCGCUCUCUCCGCCGAGGACCGCGCCGCGGGCGGGUCGGGCCUCAAGGGGGUCAGUGUGGUGCCCCUCACCCCAGGGGGGAGAGGCGCGGCGGCGGCGCUCGCGUCAGCCCUCGAGGCGGCGCCGGAGGGCCUCCCCCCCUCGCUCGCCUCGCAGCCCCUCUUUGUCAAGCAGCAGCUCGGGACCGACGGGUUUGGCAUCGGGUUUGAGGACGCCGACGCCGCCUCCGGGCUGCGCGUCUCGCCGCUGCGCAACGCCGUCUCUCGCAAGACCUUCCUGCCCACGGUGCUGCACUUUGCGGAGCAGCACCAGCAGGCGGCGUCGGGACGAGGGUGUUGAACCUCCAUCGGACUCGCCGACGGUAGCUUUGUUGCAGCCUCACGCUCUGCCACUCGCCCGUCCAUCCACCUCUGUCGAAAGAAAGAAAACAGAUCGCGCACGGGAGGUAUGGGUGUAAACCGCAAAGAAAUAUAGCAGGGAUCUC